UUGACAGUUUAAAUCAGCUGGUGUCGGUGCCGGCGAUUUCCUCGAGAGAUCGAUAUUCAUUUUUUGUAAAAAAAUUGAUUAAAACAAAUAAACCUUGUUUUGGAAUUUUGACCACAUACGUGAAUGUGUUUUUUGACGGUUUGAGACAUGAAAUUUGUGUUCUAUUUUGUAAUCUUUUAAUUGUGCGGUAAUUGUUUACUAACUUGUUCAUAUAAUGGCGGGCAAGGCUCCAGUGCUCGAACUGAAUGAUGGGAAUAAAAUUCCAGUUGUUUCUUUGGGCACCGGGAGAGGGACCGCAGGACAUGCACCUAUGGAUGAAGUUCGCCAAGCUGUGUUCUGGGCUAUCGAGCAGGGUUACCGCCACAUAGACACUGCUGCCUUCUAUCAAGAUGAACCAGAAGUCGGACAGGGCAUCGCUGAUGCUAUAGCUAAAGGCAUGGUCAAGCGGGAAGACAUAUAUGUUACUACUAAGUUAUGGAACGACAGACACGCCCAAGAUCAAGUGGUUCCCUCGCUCCGGGAGUCCCUCAAGAGACUCAAUUUGGAAUAUGUGGACCUUUACUUGAUCCACUUUCCUAUAGCGCUCAAUGCUGAUGGUUCUGACUCCGAUAUCGACUACUUGGAAACCUGGAAAGGAAUGGAAGAGGCAAAGAAGCUAGGUCUUGCCAAGUCUAUAGGAGUGUCCAAUUUUACCAUAGAACAACUGGACAGGCUGAUUGAUAACUGUCAGAUCAAACCUGCUGUCAACCAGAUAGAGGUCCACCCAGCCCUAACGCAAGUACCUCUUGUCUCUCACUGCCAGAAGCUAGGGGUGGCAGUAAUGGCAUAUUGCCCGCACGGAUUCCUAGUUACCCGCAAAUCUAAGGACAUCCCGCCUCCCCAAUUCGAUGACCCUAAGCUUGUUGCUAUUGCUGAAAAGUACAGGAAGACCACAAGCCAAGUUGUUCUGCGGUACUUGCUGGACAGAGGCCUCAUCAUCGUCCCAAAAUCCACGAACCAAACGCGCCUAGCCCAGAACCUGGAUCUCUUCGAUUUCAAACUAACAGACGAAGAGGUCGUCACCAUCGGACAGUUUAACAGCAACUCAAGGGUCAUAAUACAUCCUUAUUGGAAAAAUAACGUACACUAUCCUUUUGAGAGAGAUUGAGCCAUAGUAUGGGAGAUCGAGGAACGUAUUAACUAUUAGUAAGCUCGCAACAGGACAGGUUUUUUAGUUUAAGUCUCGGGCUAACAAACGCGCGCUAUUGUGAUUUUGCUGAUAGGGAAUACAAGUAAGUUUCUAAAAAUCUACGUUACAACAACUCGCCUCUGUCACAACUCACCUCGGUCUCCCCUAACUGAAGGACCAAAGAUCAGUUGAUAAAGAUUUUCACUGCAGCUACUUGACACUUGUCUAUAUUUUUACUAAUUUAAAAAUAGCCUUCAAUUUUCGAGUUUUUUGAAUAUUAAAUAAUUAAUUUCAUUAUAGUGUGGUGUGAUCAUUUAUUUUAUACAAAUCAAUAUGUAUUUUUAAGAACCGCUAAGUAAUGAUUACUUUUACUUACAUUUUAUAAUCUUAAGACAAGUACUCUUUGUGUUAUACUCACAUGCUCGUAAUUCAGGCAGUACAGAUGUAAAAUGUGAUGUUCUCUAAAGUUAAAAGUUACUGCGUUGUUGCUUUCCGUAAAACUAAACUUGGUCGUUUUGUUACAAAAAUAACCUGAUUAUGUUUAAUUGAAAAUGUGGUACCGUUUUCUUGUGUGGGGAGUACAUGUUAUGUACCUAAGUAUAAAUGAAAAUGUCAUGUACAUAAUAUAUAUAAAAAUGUUUAUGAACUACCUCUACACUACCUCUUCUAUUAAGUAAUAAUUUCCAGGUAGAAAUUAUAAAUUACACAAUUUACAAUCUUUUUAUUUUAUACUAACAGGUAUGUAAAUUAGAAACCUUUACACCAAUAUGUCCAUAGACAUGACUACUAAUAAUAGGUAUUUAUUUGACAUGAUUCAAAUUUCCGCUGUCUACA